CCGACAGUCCCCUCCGGCACCGCACCGCACAGAGAGGAUUCAGCUCUUCAUGCAUUUCUAAAGCUGGUGGUAAAAAGUGGAUGUGAAGAUUAUUCUGAGAGGUAGCACUCAAAUAUAAAGCAUGACAGAAAACAGAUCAGCCAGCACUAGAAGCAUUAUUGGCUAAGGUAAACUCUUUCACUUUAUUUUUUUGGGGGAAAAAACCCCAAAACUUGCUGGUAUGUAUUGUUCCAGGUGUUUCCUCUGGAUCUAUUAACACCUCUGUUAUACCUUUCAGUGGGAGAGAGUAGGAAGUGUGUGUGAAAGGUUUGUCUGCACACAGAGAGCAUUUGUCCUGAGACAACUGAAGAAACUCUCACCAAAAUGAAGGCUGGUCUGGACAGGUCUGAAGCAUCUUUUGGCAUCGACUUGUGUUUAUUGCUGUGGGAAGAGCAGGUAGGGAGGAGCAGUCUGGCUUUUUUUCUUUGAACUAUCAGUAUGUAUCUUUGAACUCCUCAGUUUUCUUGUAGAGUUUUUCUGUGAUAACUUGUAUAAUGUGAGUCCUCGGUUUCUCUUGUUCUCUUUCCAAUUGCAGUGAAAGCUCUGGUGUUUCAUUGCUUACUUUUUUUCUCUGUCAGUUGCAGACACUGGGAUCUUUAGUCAUGUGGAAGGUAUUUUCUUGUCAGCUUUAGAGUCUGAAGUACCUGCGAGCACUGAAGGGGUAUAAAGUGAUGUAGACUCUUGGGCAAAAUCCCUUUUCCAGUGUUCCUUGAUAAUGGUUUCUUAGAACCGAAGAGUAAGUGAAGUGGCACAGGAGAUGUGAAGCUCUCCCAUCUGACCUCCUGCUCAAGGCAGGGCCAGCAUCAAAGGUUCCUUAGAAAGAGAGCUUGGACGGCAUGCAAAGUUGUGAAAUAUCUGCAGACAGCACGGAUGAUCCUCUUAGUAGUGGCCUACGGAGAAAGCGGCAGCCUCGAAUAGUCGUGAUCGGUGCUGGGCUCGCGGGCCUGUCGGCAGCCAAGGCGCUCCUGGAAAGCGGAUUCACGGAUGUAAGAGUCCUCGAGGCGACCGACCGCAUCGGGGGCCGCGUGCAGAGCGUCCAACUCGGGCAUGCCACUUUUGAACUGGGAGCUACGUGGAUUCAUGGUUCACAUGGAAACCCAGUCUAUCAUCUAGCAGAAGACAAUGGUUUGCUUGAAGAGACCACAGACAGUGAGAGGAGCGUUGGGCGGAUCAGUCUUUACUCCAAGAAUGGGGUGGCUUAUCACCUCACCAACAGCGGGCAGAGGAUCCCGAAAGAUGUGGUUGAAGAAUUCAGUGAUUUAUACAACGAGGUCUAUAACCUGACUCAGGAGUUCUUCCAAAGAGGUAAACCAGUCAAUGCUGAGAGCCAGAACAGUGUGGGUGUUUUCACACGGGACGUCGUGCGCAAACGCGUCAAGGCCGACCCGGAUGACACGGAGGCCGUCAAGAGGCUGAAACUGGCCAUGAUCCAGCAGUACCUGAAGGUAGAGAGUUGUGAGAGCAGCUCCCACAGUAUGGAUGAAGUCUCGCUGAGUGAAUUUGGGGAAUGGACCGAAAUUCCCGGGGCUCAUCAUGUCAUUCCUUGUGGUUUCAUUAAAAUUGUGGAGAUUCUGGCCCGCUCCAUUCCCAAGUCUGUCAUUCAGCUCCGCAAGCCAGUCAAGUGCAUUCACUGGAACCAGUCAGUCAGCAAGGAGAUUGAGAGGGUGGCUGACCACAACAGUGACCUCCCUGAGGAGAACAAGGGCUCCAAUGUCUUCGUAGAGUGCGAGGACUGUGAGUUCAUCCCAGCUGACCACGUCAUUGUGACUGUGUCCCUGGGAGUCUUGAAGAAGCGCCACGAGAGCCUGUUCCAUCCCCGCCUGCCUGAGGAGAAGGUGAUGGCCAUUGAGAAAUUGGGAAUCAAUACCACUGACAAGAUCUUCCUGGAGUUUGAAGAGCCUUUCUGGAGCUCUGAAUGCAACAGCAUCCAGUUUGUCUGGGAAGACGAGGCGGAGAGCGAGAGCUUGACUUAUCCUGAGGAGCUGUGGUACAAGAAGAUCUGCAGCUUUGAUGUGCUGUACCCACCCGAGAGGUACGGCCAUGUCCUCAGUGGCUGGAUCUGUGGAGAAGAGGCUUUGAUUAUGGAGAAGUGUGAUGAUGAAACUGUGGCAGAAACCUGCACUGAAAUGCUACGUAAAUUUACAGGGAACCCAAACAUUCCGAAACCUCGCCGGAUCCUGCGGUCCUCCUGGGGCAGCAAUCCCCACUUCCGUGGAUCCUACUCCUACACCCAGGUUGGGUCUAGUGGGGCCGACGUGGAGAAACUCGCGAAACCGCUGCCUUAUGCUGAGAGCUCCAAAACUCCUCCCAUGCAGGUGAUGUUUUCAGGGGAGGCCACUCACAGGAAGUAUUACUCCACGACCCACGGUGCUGUGCUGUCUGGGCAGAGGGAGGCUGCUCGGCUCAUCGAGAUGUACCAGGACCUGCUGCAGUGCCCGACCUGAGGGAGCCCUGCAUGACCACCACCUCCUCCUCCCAAAUCCUCCUGCAGGUGUGUGGAGGGCUUCUGUUUUAUUUCAGCUCGCAGUAGAACAGCCUUUUAUCUUUUCUAUUAAAUAAAAAAAUAAAAAACCCUAAUUGUUAAAAAUGUUAGUCAUCAAUAGCUUCAUUUCCAUAUGCUGUAUUGUUAACGGGGAAGGGUGCUCCUUGUGGUCUGGUAAACUGUUUCUCUGUCAUUUUAAUUCUAAUUUCACUUUUGGUGCCUAUCACGUUUGUUUUGUUUCUUUUUUCUUUCUGUAUUGUAAGUGCCUUCUAUACUAAAAUAAAUGUUGUAA